AUGUCUGGUCCUCCAGCGACAAUUGGCGGUGUCACCGCACCGCCAGCUCAACCAUUGGAGAAGAAGCCAAUCAAGUUCAGUAAUCUGCUGCUUGGAGCUGGUCUGAACAUGUUCGAGGUCACGACGCUGGGUCAGCCCUUGGAGGUGACAAAGACCACAAUGGCUGCCAACAGAGGUGAUGGCUUCGCUGGAGCUAUUGGCAGGAUAUGGGGCCGCGGCGGCGUUCUGGGAUUCUAUCAAGGUCUCAUCCCCUGGGCCUGGAUCGAAGCCUCUACUAAGGGUGCUGUCCUCAUCUUUGUCGCUUCCGAAGCCGAAUACUACGCAAAGUCAUUCGGUGCGAACAACUUUGGCGCUGGUAUCAGCGGUGGUAUGAUUGGUGGUUUGGCGCAAGCUUACGCAACGAUGGGAUUCUGUACCUGUAUGAAGACCGUCGAAAUCACCAAGCAUAAGGUCGCUGCUGCCGGAAAGAAGCCUCCAGGUACGCUUGAGACUUUUAUGGGCAUCUACCGCGCAGAGGGUAUCCGCGGCAUCAACAAAGGUGUCAACGCUGUCGCUGUGCGCCAGGUCACUAACUGGGGUUCUCGAUUUGGUCUAUCGCGUAUCGCAGAGGACGGCAUCCGGAAAGUUGGCGGCAAGGAAGACGGCGUGAAGCUCAGUACUCCCGAGAAGAUCAUCGCCAGUGCUCUUGGUGGAGGUCUUAGUGCCUGGAAUCAGCCCAUUGAGGUCGUCCGCGUAGAGAUGCAGAGUAAGAAGGACGAUCCGAACCGUCCCAAGAAGCUGGGUGUGGGAUCUGCCUUCAAGUACAUCUAUCAACAAAACGGUAUCAAGGGCUUAUACCGCGGCGUCACUCCUAGAAUCGCUCUUGGCGUUUGGCAGACAGUUUGUAUGGUCGCUUUGGGUGACAUUGCCAAGGAAGCUGUCGAGAAGCUCACUGGAGAGACCGUUACUGCGAAACACUAG